AUGGACUUAGAAAAGCAGGUGCAUAAUGCAGAGCUUCCGAUUAGGGAGAGAAUGGAAGCACUUAUCAGGCUCAAGCAACUAGAAAUCACAGCAGGCAUUAGUUCUCUUGAUACUGAACCAUUUAGAAGUGAUGAAUGGACCCGAGGAGAAAAUGGAGGAGGAGGCAAGUCUAUGAUUCUACAAAAAGGUACUACGUUCGAAAAAGGUGGUGUGAAUAUUUCCGUUGUUCACGGAACACUUCCUCCUCAGGCUGUGGCAAGGAUGAAGGCCGACCACCGUAAUUUGAAGUCCAACAGCAGUGAUGGUAGUGUAGGUUUUUUUGCGUGCGGGCUCUCUUUGGUCAUACAUCCCCAUAAUCCACACGCACCAACAGUUCAUGCUAACUAUAGGUACUUCGAAACAGAAGAUCCAGAAACCGGUGAAGCUCAAACGUGGUGGUUCGGCGGCGGUUCAGAUUUGACGCCGUCGUACUUAUACGAGGACGAUGCAAAACAUUUCCAUCAGACUAUAAAGGACGCUUUAGAUAAGCACGACACAAGCUUAUAUCCAAAGUACAAAAAAUGGUGUGAUGAAUACUUCUAUAUAAAGCAUAGGCAAGAAUCCAGAGGAAUUGGAGGCAUCUUUUUCGAUGACUUUGAUGACAAGCCAGCAGAUGAAAUCCUCGAAAUUGUCGAGUCAUGUCUCGAUUCCUUCUUGCCAUCUUAUGUGCCGCUUAUUGAACGAAGAAAAGAUACUCCUUAUAAUAAGGAACAAAAAGAGUGGCAACAGAUCAGAAGAGGAAGAUAUGUGGAGUUCAAUCUUGUAUUGGACAGAGGUACUCAAUUCGGUUUACAAACACCAGGUUCCAGAGUGGAAAGCAUUUUGAUGUCCCUACCUGCCACUGCGAGUUGGGAAUAUGAUCAUCAUCCAAAGGAAGGUUCUGAAGAAGACACUUUAUUGAAGGUUUUACAGAAUCCAAAAGAUUGGGCUUAG